AAAAGUUUGUUUUAGAAGUGAAAAACUAAUAAAAGUGUGCAAUUACUUAAUUAAGGAGUGCCAAAGUGUCGAAGUGGACUGCUAAAUAAACUUUUGUAAGUAAUAGAUUUAAGGCGACUUCAUUAUGAAGUAAUAAAGCACUUGCAAUUUCAUGUAAGAUUAACAAACUUUUAUAGUACUUAAACUCGACUUCAAGUGAACGCUUUUCAUUGCAGAUUAGCAUCAAACAAAAUGCAAGAUACUCAUAAGAUAUAGAAGCAUAUAAAGUGUAUCGGUAGCUCGCAUUGCGUACAAAAUGGACUUUCUGCUUUCCACAUUACAAUUGCGCCUAGAUAGGCUAGCAGAAGCGUUAAAGGGAGCCGCAGAGGCCCUUAACAGCAUUGAAACUGGCGUAGCAAGGGACAGGAUAAUUGCUGUGAGAAUAAACGUUAAAAAUAGAUUGUUAUCGCUCACAACAGAUUUAGAUAGAUAUUUGUCUGGCGCAACGGAUAUAAAAGAAGAUUUCUGCAAUGAAUGUCGAGAUAUGCAAGUAAAGGCGGAGGACACGCUGACCGAAUUAGAAAUCGCAAUAAAACUAUACUGCCAUGAAGGGGAAAACAAUCAUAGAACGCGUCUACCUAAGUUAGAGUUAGGGAAAUAUAACGGUGACAUUCUAAAAUGGAACACUUUUUGGGAUAAAUUCGCAGCUAAUGUUGAUAAUAAGGACAUUGCCAACGUUGAGAAGCUAUCAUACUUGCUAGCGUCAUUAGAGGGACCAGCCCUUCAAGCAGUCGAGGGUCUGGAAACUACUAACAUGAAUUAUCCGAUUGCGGUAGACAUUCUCAAUAGCCGCUUUGGUAAACCUACGAAGGUCAUCGAUGCUCACAAUGAUGCUUUGCAAAAUCUAGCUGUAGCUAAGGAUUCACCUGAAGAUUGUAGGCGUACUCUGAACAAUAUAGAGAAGCACCUUAGGGUAUUAGAGGCUCUUGGGGAGAAAGUUGAUGCUAGUCACCUUAGAGUUAUUAUACUUAAUAAAUUUCCAUCAAGAGUAGUAUACCAAGUGUGGCUUAUGUCAACCGAUGAUUCUUUUGCUGCAAUCCGGAAGGCUUUGGAUGCUGUAAUAACAGCCAUGGAGAGUUCGGUUGUUACAAACAUGGAGAGUUCUGUGAUUCCAGUAAAGUCCAGUGACACAACGGAGAUGAGUACACCUGCUUCAACAGCAACACUGCAGAUUGGAGCUGUAAAGAAAAGGAAAUGGCAACAAAAGAGGGAAGCAAUUUCAACUCAACCUAGCAAGAAACGCCCUAAGAGAAUGUGCAUAUUUUGCAAUGAAGAACAUUAUAGUGAGGACUGUACCAAAUUUAACACAUAUAAAGAGAGGAUUGGGAAGUUGAAAGAUAGGUGUUAUGCGUGCUUCCAAAUAGGACACCGUGCCUCCAAGUGCACAAGAAGGAGAAAAUGUGUACAUUGCUCUAGGAUGCAUAAUAGAGCACUGUGUCGACAGAAGGUGCAAAGGGACGGCAGUAACCCAAGUAAGGACAGCGGAGGGGAGAAGUCUGAGCAUUAGACUUUUACUUGAUUCUGGAAGUCAACGAACUUACAUUACAAACAAAAUAGCAAAAUUAUUAC